AAUUCAAAAGAGGAGUUCUCAAACUUGAGCUUGCUCACAUUCUCUCUGCACCUGCUGUCAUAGCUCAUUACACAGCCAAGAGAGAGAGAGAGAGAUCCAUCGUACAAAACAAGAACAGAGUGACGAAACAGCGGCAGCGAAGGUUUGAUAGAGGCAAAUUUCAUUGACGUAAUCGUAAGGAGAAAUCACAGAAGAGAUUCAGGCAUGCGUAGCUGCGGUUUGGCUUUAUCAGGUACCGAUUCACGGUGCUAUUUACCGGCGAUGCCUCCGAUCUUUUCUCCGAUGAGAGCCUGUCCACCGGAAGGAAAUUCGCAGGUUUUGUUCCCUAAAUUGACACGGCCUCCUUCUGCUUGCGUUAGAGCAAAGGCCACGGUUGUCAACGAGGCGCUAGUCUCCGACGCCGUCGAGAUAAGCUUCUACGAGCUUUUAGGAGUGCCGGAGUCGGGGUCGAUGGUGGAGAUUAAGCAGGCCUACAAGCAGAUGGCUCGGAAAUACCAUCCGGACGUCUCGCCACCGGACCGGAUCGAGGAGUAUACAAGGAAGUUCAUCAAGGUUCAGGAGGCGUACGAGACGUUAUCGGAUCCUGUUAUGAGAGAUUUGUAUGAUAGAGACAUGGCGAGAGGUCUUCACCUUGCUUUCUCUGCUCGAAGACGGGGCUACAACCAUGAGGAAAUGGAUGAGAAGGGUGGGUGGAAGAGCCGUUGGCAGGAUCAGCUAUCAGAAUUAAAGAGAAGAAGCAUGAAUAAAAAUUCAAGAGCAAACAUGUCAUGGGGAGCUCGAAUGCGCAGGCAAAGGGACGAGCUUCACAACGACGAUAACCCGUAAUUUGGUUCUUCCCCUGCUCUGAACUUUCAACCUUCCUGCAUAUAGCUAAUAUUAAUACUCUAGCUAGAUACAGGACCUUAGCCUACUGAUUACUAGAACUUCUACUUGUUGCUCUGUGAAACUCAAAUUGCUUAGAGUCUGCAUAUUGGGAACUUGUUUCACAACGCAUGUAAAUCACUAGAAAACCAGCAUCGAAUGUGUGUGUGUAUAUAUAUAUAUAUAUAUAUCUGGAAAUUAUAGUAUCUCAGAGUAAUCUAUCAAUGUUGAAUU